AUGGAGCAGUAUAGGGAGAGAAAGAAUGACUUGUAUAUGGUGUUCAUCGACCUAGAAAAGACGUACAAUAAAGUUCUGAGAGAGGUUUCGUGGAGACGUUUGGAGGCUAAAGGUGUAUCUGUUGCCUACAUCAGGUUGAUUAAGGACAUGUACGAUGGAGUAAAGACCCGAGUAAGGACGAUUCUCGCUCAAAGUCCAGUAAUGGUAGAGGAGAAAAUUAAUCACACUCCUCCUUUGUUUCUGCAUCCUUCUGAUACACCAAGCUCAGUUUUGAUUCCAAUUCAACUCACCGGGUCUGAAAACUAUGGAUUAUGGCGUAGGACGAUGCGAAUUGCUCUUCAAGCUAAGAGAAAGCUAGGGUUUGUAACUGGUACAUGUAAGAAGGAGACCUUUAAGAAGGAAUUACAUAAGGAAUGGGAGACAUGCAAUGCGAUUGUGCUCUCAUGGAUCAAGAACACUGUAUCAACAAACCUAGAAAUGUGGUCGGAGUAUGAUGCUUUAGUCCCACGCCAGGUUGUGAAUGUGCUAAAUCAAAGGACUACAUUGAACACCUUUAUCGUCAAAGGCUGCUUUAGUUUCUCAGUGGUCUGA